GUGACAAUAGAGUGUCCAGAAGUCCAAGUGUUAAUAGUGUACUAGUGGAUCAGGCAACUCCUGGAGGACAAUCUGUUAGAUCAACGCGUAAUAAUAAACAGUCAGUGACACCAGGGGCAGCAUCAUCACUAGUAUGUUCAAGCAGUGUUGCCCCUACUCCCAGUAAAUCAGGUAUCAAGAGAUCAGCCCCUGACUCAUCAUCAGCAGUACUGGAACAUAACAUACCACACAGGUGGGUGAUUAAGUCUGGUGCAUUCCAUAAGAGUCAUUCCUGUUCCACUUGUUCAGGACCAAUCAAACACACACAGAAAUAUGCCAAAUGUGCAUACUGCAGUUUUGUUGUUCAUCAGAAAUGUACCAGUAACACUCCUAACUCAUGCGGCCUCCCCCUUCAACUAGCAGCUCACCUCUACCCCACCUCGCCCUCUAAAAGACAAUGCUCACAAGCAAUGGAGGAUGACAACAAAGAGAAUGCAUCAUUUGUUAGUACUUCAUCAAUGGACAGCAAAAUGAGACGUUUGUCCAUUGAUCUGGUACGCUGCAACAGUUCCAUCAUGUCUACUGGAACUGAUCUGUCUAUAACCUCAUCAAUGCUUGCUUCCAAUGACAGCAACGAUGACAGUCUUGUCUGAAUCCCAUGCACCAGUCCUCUCUCUCUUUAUAUAUAAAUACUAUACACUCAAAGAUGAUAUGACAUUACAUAACGUAUUAGUAGGUAGAAAGUCCCUAUAUAGUGUUGCAUUACACUGCUUGCAUGGGUAAUGUUGGACACUAUAGUGAUUUAUUAUAAUAACAAAUCUCAUUUUUACUUUCAUAAUGAUUUCAAAAACAGUA